AUGCGAGCUGCGAAGGAACCACCUUUGCCAGAGGAUAUUCGUGUUCGUCUCGACAAUCUGAAUGGUGGAAGCACCGCUGAUGAGUGGAAGGCUGUCGGUAACGAUUGCUUUUCUCGGGGCUUUUAUCUUAGCGCCAUCCGAUGUUACACAAAAGCCCUCGAUUUGGACUCUAGUAGUGCCGCGGUGUAUAGCAACCGGAGUGCUGCUUAUCUGAAGAGUACAAUGUUUGCUGGACCGGCUCUUGCAUUAAAAGACGCGGAGCACGCCGUGCGUUUGGAUCCCGGGUGGUACAAGGCUCACCUCCGUGUUGCCGAUGCGCAGUUUGGACGAAAGAAGUAUGAGGAAGCGAAGGCCGCGUACCAAAAGGUACUGGAGCUGAACAAUUCCUGUGUUGCUGCAAAGGACUCCCUGAAGCUUGUGGAGCAAGAGCUUUUUUUGCAGUUUCUUGAUGAUCAAAAGAAGAAAGAACGUAAAGAUGAGCUAAACGGGGGUGAUCAAGAUGGGGUGAGCAAAGGUGAUUCCUUCAGUUGGUCACACAAUACUACAGGAAGCGGCAAUAAUGUAACGGCAUCACCAACGCCAAGCAACGACAGGGCGCAAGUUGAGGUUAGUGAAAGCGAGGUCGAGCGUCACAUCCGCCUGUGGACACAAGAUACCGUCCUUCGCGAGGACCGCACUGGCAUGCGUGCAUUUGGUGCAACCAUAGACGAAGCCGACAGGGAGGCGGGUGUGGAAUACAAGAAAAAUCUUCUGUCGAAGUUUCGCAACCGACUAGAAACUGAUGAGCCACUGCGUUCCAACGUCGAGAGGAGGCUUGACCGGCAGAUGCGGCUUGGUGAGAAUGUUGACUACCGGAACCCUGAAAAACACCGCGCGAUACUCAUGCGAGGGACUGAUGGUGUGGGGUUGGGCAUAUCAACAGACGCGUACAAAUCUUAUAAGUAUGAGAGUACGAUGUGGUGA